AUGGCUUUUCUCGGCUUUCGUAGGUUUCCUACACCGAUCAUAAAACCCAUGUGGCCUUUUAUGGCCAGCGCAUCUAUCGCACUUUAUCUUCUUCACAAAAUUGAAACAGCGGGACAGUCAGUUCCUCCAUAUGAUGUCGAUCCUCGCAAUCCACGGGCUUUGCACAAUAAAAAAUUAAAAGAACACUCCGGACAUUGA